AUGCAGAACGAACAGUUAAACGAAUUUACUCCAGCAGAGCAUAUUCAUCAGAUUCGCUCAUAUUUCGAUAUCAUAGACAAUGCAGUUCAAAUUGGUGACACUAAUAGAAAAUAUUCUGACGCAAAGAUUCCAUCACAACCUGGAACUGCUAAAGAUAACACAUGGGUAACAUUCAAUCUCUCACCUCCUGGUGAAAAUAUGUUGGACCUUUACAAUACAUUCAUUACGUAUAAAAUGGAAGGUCAAUUUAUUGUAGAUAAAGAAAUUGGUUCAGGUUCCAAUAAAACAAACCCACCAGGAUUUUGGAUUGGUUUCGAUGACGCUUUCUAUGCAGUUGCUGGAUAUCAAAUCCUUGCAAAUGGUCGUAUCGUAUAUUCUCAAGACAACGCAAGAGAAGAAGCAUAUAUAACUUCAAACUCACAAACUACCGAACAAAUAAAGAAAGUAGAUGUUUUCUCAAAGACUCGACAUGAAGAUGUGUGGAGUCAUUCGGGAACAUGCAGAACAGGACAAAUUGUUAGUGGUCCAAUUACAGCAGGAAAAUCAAAUGAUUUUAAGCUUCGUUUAAGAAUUCCUGUUAGAAAGUUUUUACCAUUAGAAGCUAUAAGAUUUAUUCCUGCAUUUGCUGGUAACAUUCAGCUUAAAGUAAAGUUCAGUAGCGACGCAUUACAAUGCACAUCUAUAUCUGUAAAUGAUAUCAUUGCUUUCAAUCCAACUCUUAAAGUUGCAUUUGCUUCAGAUUCAAAUCCACCGACAAAUAAAUUUGUUCCAUGGAAUGAACCAUUCACUAUGAUAACGAAGGCAAUAGAAGCUAGUGGAACAGUUACUAUUACAACUGUAACCCAGCAACUAUUUCGAACAAAGAUGGAUUUUAAUGAAU